ACGUGUAUAAUUGUAUGGCAAUUCACUUCCAUAUAGCUAAUUAACUUGCUCAUUGAGAAUCCCUCCACACAUUGAUUCAGUCAAACUCUCCCAUUACUAUAAAUCAAAUCAUAGCAUCCACUACCCAAUCUCUCUGACCAAACUCCAAACACUUCACUGAAAAAGAAAAAAAAACAUUAAAAAUGGCAAAACUUGUUCUUCUUUAUAGCUUUUUCAGCCUCUUCUUCUUUCUUGGAUUGCUGUUGUUGGGCUCAGAAGCUUAUACAAGCAUAAAAUUAGAACUCAAUUGUCAAAAAAACCUACCAAAUAAAACUACAAGAAUUGGAGUGUUUUUCGAUAGUGGGUCUCAAAUUGGGAAGCAACAGAUAGUAGCGAUGAAAAUGGCUUUGAGACGUUUUCAUUUUUCUUCAUGUGCAAAGUUGGAGCUUCUCCUUCAUGAUUCUCAUGCAAAUUAUGUCAAUAGUUCAUCCGCUUCUUCUGUUUUGGAUUUGAUUACCAAGGGAAGAGUCAAAGCCGUUGUUGGAUCAGUGAGAAAACAGGAUUUGAUUGUCAUCUCCGACCAUAAAAUUCCUGUCGAAAUUCCCAUUAUUUCGACUUCAGCUGAACAACUACAACCUCUAAAAAUCCCAUCUUUGAUUCAAAUGGUCGACAAUAAUAAUAUCACCCACCCCAUCCAUUGCAUUGCUUCAAUUCUCACCUAUUUUGAAUGCCUCCCAAAAGUUACAAUCUUUUAUCAAUUCACAAACACUUCAGCCCAUUGUCUCUUUGAUUCGUUUCUCCUGGCUGGCAUAGAGGUCGAGCACCAUCUCGCCCUCUCUUUGGCAUCCAAUCAAGAAAUAUUGAUAGAAGAAGAAUUGAAAAAGAUUAUGAGCAGCCAAAGGAAUAGGGUUUUUAUAGUUACACAACUUUCUCUAGAGUUGGUUGAUCUUCUUCUUACCAAAGCAAAGAAAAUGAAUAUGGUUGGAAAUGGGUAUACUUGGAUUGUCUCACAUGAAAUUUUUGAUCUCAUUUCCUCUCUUGAUUCAUCUUCUUCCCUUUUGAACAAAAUGGAAGGUGUUAUUGGUUUUCAAACAUAUUUCAAUGACACCAAAAGGUCCUUUAAAAUCUUUGAAACCAAGUUUAAGAAGAUUUACAAAUUAGAAUAUCCACAAGAAGAAGAGCCAACAAAAGCAAGUAUUUUGGCCAUUCGAGCUUAUGAUGCUGCUCUUGCCAUCACUAGAGCCAUGGAAAAGUUGGGAACUGAAAAUUUAAGGUCAUCAAGUGAACAACUAAUGAAGAAAAUUUUAGAGAGUAAUUUUGAAGGGGUUGGUGGAAUGGUGAGAUUCUCGAAGAAAAAUGGGAUGCUAAUAUCUCAAUCACCAAAAUUUAAAAUCAUUAAAGUGGUGGAUCAAACCUACAAAGAGGUGGGUUUUUGGACACCCAUAUUAGGUUUUGUUGAGAGGGUUAUUGUGGAAAUUAAUAAACCCACCACUAAUCUUAAAUCCAACAUGAGAAAUUUGAGAAAUUAUGUGGGUGUUCGAGAUUUGUCAAGGCUAAAGGCAUCACCGAGUGAAAAAUUUGAUCAUCAUGAAGAAAAAAGGUUGAAAUUUGCGGUUCCUGAGGAGGGAGCAUGCAAAGAAUUUGUGAAAGUGAGCCAUCAUUUGUAUGGAAAUUACAUCACUGGAUAUUCCAUUGAUGUGUUUAGGGCUGUUAUGAAUAAUAUGAAUAUGUCCCAUCCCUUGUCCUACGACUUGGUUCCUUUUAAGGGCACAUAUGAUGAGAUGAUAGAGGCUGUCUCCAAUAAGACGUACAUUGGAGCCGUUGGGGACAUCGGAAUAUUAGCUCGACGAUAUAAAUAUGUGGAUUUUACGGUGUCAUAUUUAGAGACAGAAAUUGUGAUGGUGGUAAAAGAGAAGCAUGAGAAAUGGAAAAAGAUAUGGGCUUUUAUGGAGGCUUUUCAAUUUACAAUGUGGCUCCUAAUACCCACAAUGCACCUUUUUAUUUCCUUUGUUAUUUGGUUCAUCGAACGCCAAAACAACGAGGAGUUAAAGGGUUUGGGAAACAUGUUGUGGUUUUCUGUUUCCAUCAUCUUUUACAUGCACAGAGAGCCAGUGAAGAAUGGGUUGGCUCGAUUAGUGCUGGGGCCAUGGUUGUUUGCGAUUCUAGUGGUGACAGCGAGUUUCACGGCAAGUUUGACGUCGAUGAUGACAAUCUCUUGGUCUCGACCGUUGGUGCCGGAUGUUGACACGUUGAAGCAGAUGGGCGCUACCGUAGGUUGCAACACCAACUCUUUCAUAUGCAAUUAUCUGUAUGAAACCCUACAAUUUGACCCUACAAAAAUUAAGAAGAUAAACUCCUUAAAUGAGUACCCAAAUGCAUUUGAGAAUGGUAGCAUUAAGGCUGCUUUCUUCAUAAGCCCCCAUGCAAAAGUUUUCCUUGCCAAAUAUUGCAAAGGCUACACCAGAGGAGUUUCCUCUUUCAAGCUCACCGGCAUAGGUUUUGCUCUUGCCAAAGGCUCGGGACUUACUUCACUGGUUUCGGCAUCAAUCGUGGAAUUAACCGAAACAAAAGAGAUACCACAAUUCGAAUCCAACGUCAUUGCUUCUUUCAACUGUUCUUCAACUGGCAAAGGAGAAGGGCUGGGCUUAGGACCUGGACCUUUCAUGGGCCUAUUCAUAAUUUGUGGCUCUAUUGCUUUGUUGGUCUUGAUAUAUAUGGCCCAACAAUUCCUGAGAACGAAAUUGGGCUGGACUCAGAAGCCCAUUUGAAGCCUAGAUGGGCCUUA